CAGAGGGCGGCUGGGUGGCCAUUAUAGUGUACCGUACUUACCGUAGUGCGUGGUGACCAGGUACAAGAGCUCCAGGGUGAGGUACACUAGGCUAACUGGUGCACCACUGUUGUGUGUACCUUCAGUGUGAGGUUUUAAAUGGUGGGUGAGAGACUUGCAAGCAGACUUGGUAAAAGUCAUGAUGUUACCAGUAUGUGACAAAUAGUACAGCAGAUAACCAUUAAGUAAAAGUGGUACCAAAUGAGAAGCUACAGAUUCCCAUAAAAAUAUCAUAUUAAAGAAGAAAUUAUCUUUGAGGUAGAUACAGUAAUUAGAAUCUCUCGGCAAGGCGCUGUAAACCUGAAACGAGAAGAAAAUGUGGGUGAAGAAAUUAGGUCGUGCGAGUGUGGUUGCAGCUGCAGCAGGAGGUGCUAUUGCUGGUUAUAUUGUGACCAGCGACACCAGCAAAAAGAAUGCUUUGGCUUCUUGGACUACAGGUUUCACCCCAUCGGUUAAAUGGGAUUGGAACUGGGAUAGAAGAGAACCACAGAGUUUAGUGAAACCGCAUAAUCUAAAACAUGAUGCUAACAAUAACGUUAAUGAUAUUGAGGAACGCUUUGAAAAGGUUCGAGCAACAGCAUCCCGUCACUUAAUUUUCAUACGACACGGACAGUAUAAUCUCGACGGUGCCACGGAUUCAGAGCGGUACCUUACACAGUUGGGUCGUGAACAGGCUGCGCUGACUGGAGAACGACUUAAAAUUCUUGAUUUUCCGUAUUCACGCAUUGUCUACUCCACAAUGACAAGGGCUGCAGAAACAGCUAAGAUUAUCGCUGAAAAGUUGGGUAAUGUGGAAGAGGUGGAACAUUGUGACCUGCUACGAGAAGGGGCACCCAUUCCACCAGAACCACCCAUUGGUAGCUGGAAGCCAGAAAUGCAUAAGUUUUAUGCUGAUGGUGCUCGCAUUGAGGCUGCCUUUAGAAAAUACAUUCAUCGUGCUCCAUCAUCUCAGGAAAAGGAUAGCUAUGAAAUAAUUGUAUGUCAUGCUAAUGUCAUCAGGUAUUUUGUGUGCAGAUCCCUACAACUGCCCCCUGAAGCGUGGUUACGCAUGACCCUACACAACGGCAGCAUGACGCACAUUGUCAUUCGCCCCGAUGGUCGUGUUGGAUUGUGGCACUUGGGUGAAUGUGGGUAUAUGCCUCCUCAGAAGCUUACCCGGACAUAAACAUUCCUUUCAUAAGGUCAUUACAGAAUCUUAGAUAUUGGUUACUUGAUGAUUUCUUGUUUAAACAAUGAUGUAAAGAUACUAAAAUUUUAAAUAUUUAAAUUUGUUAUUGUAAUUUUAAUAAGGUUGCUUGUCCCAAUGUUGCUAUUUCUACUGUAAAUCUGAGGGGACAUUUUAAAUGCUUGAUACUAUUAACAAUGUGACUCAGGACCAGUUUGUACAACUAAAUCAAGCUUUUAAUAAUGCAAAUAUGCAGUAUAUUUGCUUUGUGAUUAAAAAAUAUGAAUUCCUUUUGAUUUUUGGAAUUACUUUGAAUAAUAGAUAUUGGCAUGCAGUGAAAUUAGAGAGACAGGCUGUUCAGCAGUGUUAUUUACAGAACUUGAUAUUUGCUUGGUUUCAAUGGCUACAUUUGAUGCUUUGAUUGUUCUUCAUAGCAAAAAGUUUGUGCUUAUUAUAGAUAUUUUUUAAUAUAAAAAUCUUCAAAACCGAAAUACACAUCAGGUAAUUACUAGUAGUACAGUAACAAUAAUCAUAUGUUUAUAUAUGUACUCGUGUUUGAAUAAAUAAUUGUACAGAAGAUUACUUGUAUCACUUGUUGCGAACAAUUACAGUGUCAUAAUUUCUUAAGAGUAGCAUGUGAGACUACAGUACUUAUUUCAGAUGAUGCCAUUGGUUUGAAGCACAGCAAGAUAAACAAAUGAAUUUAAUAUAUAUCAAAUGUUUAUGCUUAUGAAUAUAAUCAGUAGAACCCGUGAGGAGGAUUCACUUGGUAUUCCCAAGCAAAUGGGAGUACCACUGCACCACGACAUGAUCAAGAGUAAUGCAACACUGGUUUGUGGUCGUUUCCUUACGAGUAAUAGAGUGAGCAUGUUUGGGUCAUCCUCAUGGCUCCUACUGAUUUUCUCGUUGAUUUAUCACAUUAACGUGAUUUCAUUGUGCAUUAUCAAUUUACCUGCAUUUCAGUUUGAUGCCAAAUUCUUUGUUUUUGUUUUUUACGUAAACAGUAUGAAACAUGUGUAUCUUAUGCAUGGUAUUGAAACAUGGUUCCUAAUGUUAUUGGACCAUGUAAUCCUCUGGUGGCAGAUUUUUAGAACCAUUUUAACACAUGGGCAUUGAGACCUAAAGUGAUGUAUUAAUAAUAAGUUUCUACACACACAUGACCUAAUGUCAUGGCAUACAUUCUGUAGGCUCAGUUGCAAAUGGUAUCUUGGUUAGUUUUACAGUAUGACCAUUUUUAUGGUUUUUAAGAAAGAAUGGUUAAAGAUGUUCACUUCAGACAAAGAAUGUGUAGGUAUUGUAUUAUGCACAUUUUCAUUAUCAUAAUAUUUUUAAAGUUGCAAAUUCUUCAUAAUUGGCAUUAAAUUAAAUUUGUGGGCCUUUGGUCAGUAUAUCUCUCUCAUCCUUAUAGAAUUGCUUUAAAAUUGUAUGAGUUUUAAUUACCGUAGCAUAAUUAACCAUAUUUUUAGACUGAUUAAAUUAUGACUUUUAAUAUAAUAUCUGUGUAGAUGCUUGGCAUCCACUCCUUAAAUAAUAUUUAGGUCCCUUGCACCAACAUCACACAUUUUGUUUUGUAUAUACUACAUCAGUUGCAUUCUAGUUGUGACUUUGUGUAUAUAUAUAUACAGUAUCAAUUGUUUUGCUUGAUGAGGCUUGAUGCUUUUUGGAUAAUUAUUUUGCUGGACAAUACACAAGUUGAUUUCCAACAUUUGCACUUAAUUUUGUCCGUGAAUCAAAAACAACAACUUGCCAACGACUAGAAUGUACCGUAUCAACUUUGUACUUAACUAGUGUAUUAUUUUUUAUUCCAUGUUCUGCAGUCACAUUUGUGCUCAUUUACCUUAGAAGUCUGGAACAGAAAUUAAGUAAUAAAUAUGACUAGAACAUUAAAUACAAAUAACGCACAAGUUAAACGGAAAAUUAAUAUGAACUGUUCUCUUCACUAGAAAGAAGCAGUGUUAUAAAUACUUGAUCAAAAUUAAUUGAAUAUGUUGGGAAUAGAUUUUUUUGUAUGUCAUACAGAAAAAUAAUUGAUCUAACUGGUGAAUUUGUUUAAAUGUUCAACUUGAACAUUAUUGUUGAGAGGGAACAUGAGCAUAUUAAAGCUUAAAAGUUGUUUAGGUAGCCAUUGAACAAGCAUGUGAAGAUUGUGCCUGACUGGAGCUAUGGUCAUAUAGGAAGCAGUCUUUUCUGUAUGUAUUAUCUUGGGGAAGAAGUUGGUAACCCUGACAGAACGAGUGAAGGGUUCCUAAGCUACACAAGGCAUUUUCAUUCUGUAAUGUUAAUGUACAAAUAAUUAAACAAAUAUGAAUGACCUUUUAAGAUGUGUGAAUUUUCAAAUAAAUUGUAGCUACGAAAA